CAGUAUUACCUAUCGACCACGGCAUGUACUGGACAUCUCCGUCCAGUCUGCUGCUAAUGAAGGGACCAUCACGAGACGAUUAAUUUGCGAUAUUAGAAGUGUGAUGGGCCUGACCCCGAAACGCUCCAGGGCGACUAUCUAAUCAGGUAUCGGCCCGUCGUUCUCCUCUUCACUUUUGUCAGUGCGGGGAUGCGUUACAUCUCGCACCUUCGUACAGGCGCUGAAGCAUUCUGGCCACAGAAUCGCGCGGGAAAAGUGGCAUGCUUUGUCUAUAUUCCGUCUAUCUCUACAGGCUUGCUGUCUCCAGUGUCCAAAGAUAUAUGAGGCGUCUUCAUUCGUCUUGUGGAUUUGUAACGUCAAACAGGUAAAACUCAUUGUUCCACGGAAACAAAUGUGUGUGGCACUUCGCUCCUCCUCACGUGAGCAUGGUGUACGCCCGGGGACUACUAGUGCUAAGUUGUGCCGUGGUACUGUGUAAGGCUGGGCCGAUUACGGCCCCUAUGCUACACGAGUUUGAGGAGUACGUGGAGUCUGUGAUGAGGUGCCGACAGGUACCCGGACUGACCAUUACUAUGGUCAAGAACAACAGAGUAUUAUACACUAAAGGAUUUGGAUACGCUCAAGUGGAGGAUAAAAUACGGGCAACUAAUGACACCAAGUUCUGCAUCGGAUCACUGACCAAGGCUUUCACAAGUACAGUCCUCGCCAAAAUGUUGUCCAUGCAUCCAAGAUUCACCUGGGACACCCCCAUCCAAAGCAUCCUGGGAAGUGGCUUCCAUCUGAUAAACAAACUGCGUUCAGAAAACGUGAAUCUACGAGACCUACUGGCCCACAAGGUGGGUGUUCCUGGUUUCUUCAACGCUUUGCUGGUGGGCUUUCCGGAGAAUGUCACCAGAGAGGAGUUUAUCAGUUACCUGGAGUACCUUCCCGCCUUUCUACCGUUCCGUACAAGGUUUGUCUACAGUAACUUUAUGUACACACUAGCUGGGUUCGUGUCCGAGAAGCUCGGAGGAAGGACAUGGGAAGAGCUUGUGCGAGACAAUCUGUUCCGGCCUCUUGGUAUGGACACCUCCGGCUUUGUGACGGAAGUAUCCGACUUCGACAGGACCUUUGCCUUAUCGUACGCAAGUAGGAACCGGAAACCUGUCCGGCUAAACGAAAAACUUUUACACUGUGUUGAUCCAUUAGGCCCAGCUGGAUCAAUCUACUCUACAGCCAACGACAUGGGUAGAUGGAUGUUGUUCCAUUUGGCUGCUUUCAGGAAUACGUCCUUGACCCCGCUGAACAUUGACCAUGAUAUCCUAGCAGAGACUUACGCCAGUCAGAUGGCCACGCCCUUCCAAGAGAAAGAUCUGUUCCGCCCCAUGUACCCUAUAGAUGACGUAUCGCUGGCGUACGCUCUCGGCUGGGUGACUUCCGUUUACAGAGGUUACAAGCGUGUCUGGCACUCGGGCGGAAUCGUGGGCUUUUCGUCGUUAUUGUGGUUAUUUCCCAACCAAGAUAUUGGCAUAUUUGCCUCACUCACCGGAUCUCGAGACAAUGACAACCAACAUCCUAUCAGGGUCAUCAUGAGCCGCGCGGCGGACAUGUUGCUAGGAGAAACGCCCUGGCUCGACCGUCGAACCGCCUGCUCUUUCCCCGCCCCCUGGGGCAAUGUUUCGCCCUCCAUCCCAGUAUCAGGAGUCGGUCAGUUCAGGACGUUUUGGAACAUUAGUCGGCCAAUGGAACUUUACGUUGGAUCUUAUGGACAUCCAGCGUUCGGAAACAUAUCGGUAACCAUUGAAAAUCGCACACAGUUGGUGCUUCAUUAUGGUAGAUUUGGCCGAAUGGUCCUCACACCUGUGACCGACUCGGACUUCAAAGGACGGUACAUAGGGCCGCUCUGGUUCGCUACUCAAGCAGAUGGACAAAUCUUGCCAGUCAGUGUAAACUUCUCACUUCCGGUAACAGGAAGUGCCUUCAAACUUAUCGUACCCUGUUGACAAUGCUUUCGCGAUCACAUUUCAGAGAGGUUUCAGAAAAAACAAAGACAAUGGUCUGAAAGGUACACUGCAACUCACGUGCACAACCUCAGGUACUACACGCGCGGAGUUGACAAUGUUGAUAUUGUAUGCUGUAUUCAUGGUGAUGAUUUAGUCUGCCUUCGUGUUCCUAAUGACUAUGAAUGUGUCACCUUUUGUAUUUCAUCUUGUAUAUAUGAACAAUUGGCGGAAUUCCCACAUAGAGUGUUCAAUAAAUGUAAAUCUACAUUGUAUUCUGACAUUUUCCAUUGACAAUAGUCCAUGACCUAUAUCUAUAGUAUUAGCACUUUGUCAAUACUCCAAACGAUUAGCCUACAUUGUGUUCAUAUCUUGUUUGUGUGUUUAUUUCCUAAUUUAAUAAAAUUUGAUGUUUUGUAUUUA